GACUAGUGGGCUUUACACAGCCAAAUAAUUCAGAUUACCGUAAAACCUCCGCCCCCAGCUAGCGGGCUGGUGUUUCCUCCGCCGCCGCCGCCGCAAAUGGAGGCCCUCCUCCGGUGGGCGGCGGAGCUGGGCGUCUCCGACUCCCCGUCCGCGCCCUCCCCCUCCUCCUGCCUCGGCCGCUCCGUCCUCAUCGCCGACUUCCCCGACGCCGGCGGGAGGGGCUUGGCGGCGGCGCGGGACCUCCGGCGCGGCGAGCUGGUGCUGCGGGCGCCGCGCGCCGCCCUGCUCACCAGCGGCCGCGUCAUGGACGAUGACCCCAGGAUCGCCUCCUCCGUCGCCAGCCACCUCCCCCGCCUCUCCUCCGUCCAGACCCUGAUCAUAUGUUUGUUGUCUGAAGUGGGAAAAGGGAAGAGUUCAAAUUGGUAUCUAUAUUUGUCUCAGCUGCCCUCCUACUACACUAUCUUGGCUACCUUCAAUGAUUUUGAAACUGAAGCUCUCCAAGUUGAUGAGGCUAUUUGGGUUGCUCAAAAGGCUCUUCGUGGAAUAAGAUCAGACUGGGAAGAAGCAACACCACUGAUGAAAGGGUUGGGAUUUAAACCUAAGCUUUUGAUGUUUAAAUCAUGGAUCUGGGCUUUUGCAACGGUAUCUUCAAGAACAUUGCAUAUAGCAUGGGAUGAUGCUGGUUGUCUAUGUCCUAUUGGUGAUUUGUUCAAUUAUGCUGCUCCUAAUGAUGACAAUUCAUCAACGGAUGAAGAUAGAGAUGAUAUGAUGCAUCAGGAGACAAAUAAGAUGUUGGACCAGACAGAUUUUGAUUCAUCUGAGAAGUUGACAGAUGGGGGAUAUGAAGAUGUUAAUGAAUACCGUCUGUAUGCUCGGAAAAGAUAUAGAAAAGGAGAGCAGGUACUUCUGGCUUAUGGAACGUAUACAAACUUGGAACUUCUUGAGCAUUAUGGUUUUCUUUUGGGUGAGAACCCUAAUGAGAAAAUCUACAUUCCAUUAGAUUUGGAUUUAUGCAUGAUCGGUUCUUGGCCAAGAGAUUCCUUGUAUAUUCUGCCAAAUGGACAUCCCUCAUUUGCAUUGCUGUGUGCAUUAAGGCUUUGGACAACUCCCAGAAAUCGUCGGAAAGCCUUAAGUCAUCAGAUCUACUCUGGAUCAUUGUUAUCUGUUGAAAAUGAGCUGGAGAUUCUGAAAUGGUUGGUCAAGAAGUGCAAGGAAACUUUGCAGCAAUUACCUACGACUAUAGAAUUUGAUGAUAAUUUGCUCGUCCUUUUAUGCAAGCUACAGAACAGCACUAGCUGCAUAACAGAAAUGAACCGGUCAAUCUUUGAGCAAGAAUUUGCUCCAUUCUUCAGAUUUCAUGGCUUCAAGCUGGAUUGUUCUAUACACAGUAAACUCCCAGUUCGUCUUCUACGAUCCCUGGAAAGAUGGGGAUUAGCUGUCCAGUGGAGAUGCAACUACAAAAGAACCCUAACCAAGUGUAUUGUGCACUGUAAAAGUUUAGUUCACGAGCUUUCGUUGCAACAAAAUCAACAAUAGCUCAAAGAUUCAAGCUAACUAUGUUCUUUAGAAUGCAGAAGUUCUUGAUACAACAAAAAUCAACAAUAGCUCAAAGAUUCAAGCUAAUUAUGUUUUUUUAAUGCAGAAGUUCUUGAUACAUUUUUGCUUAACAGCAUGUCAAAUUGUCAACACUCGAUAGCAGGGCGAGGUGCUUUCAUAGUUCCAUGCAUCACACUUUUUGGGGUUGCAUAGUUUAA